AUGUUGGGCAACAUUUGUUUGCCGGAAUUUAACUUUUCAUUAAGUGGGAUGGAGGAAAGAAAAGAUUUCCGUUUACGUUCGAAAGCAAUUUGUGCUAUGGAAGAUGCAUUGAAAUUAUCUGACAACUUAGCAUUGGUGCAACCUUAUCUUGAUUCACUUCUUCGAACAUUGUUAUCAGCUGAAAAUCAUCCUGAUGUGUUAGAAGAUCGACGACGUGUCUUAUCGAAUUUAAUUUCUCGUCUACCACUCGAGAAUCUUGAAGAUCAUGUUUCACAAAUUGUCACUGGAUUGUGUCGACAAGGUGGAGCUGGUGCGAAUCUUGUGGCAAAGAAUUUAAUGCAGCGCCUUCCAACAGCUGCAAUUGUUCUUAAACUUUUAUCAAAUGAAUUUCUUCAAGCCAGAAGUUCAAAAUUUCGUGAAAAUGCACUCCAAAUGGUUAUUUAUGCCCUUUUGACGUUUCCCAGUACAUAUUUUGAUGUCGCCAAUUGUGUAGAACGCACAGCAAAAGCAGCAUUAGAUCGAAAAAAGCGAGUGAGACAGGCAGCUCUCGACGUUCUUGCUGUUCUUGGUCAAAUUAGUUCACCUAAAAUAGUAACUGAAGUAGUAACAAAAGUUGCCGAAUAUCGAAAAGAUGGACUGCUUCUUAUUGCUGCUGUUAAGGCUCGUUUAGCAAGAAAGCAAUUGCCACUUGUUCAUGCUGAUGGUGAUGUUCAAUAUGCACUUAAAGUUCCAACAUCAUCAAAUGUCGGUUCAGUGAUAAUGUUUGGAUCUGACAUUGAAUGGAUAUGUUCAGGAAGUGGGUCAGUUUCACCAACUUCAACGAAAAAUCGAUCAUACAAAAUUCAGGGACAAGACUCAGGAAGACCUUUCGAUGAAAGAAGGAUUACUGAUGGCUUAAAUCGAUACGCAAAUGGAAAUACUGGUACACCAACAAAAAAGAGUCCAUGGUCAAGAAUACCUGUGAAAAACAGCUCAGGCUCGGUGAGUUAUUGCACUUGA